AUUUGACUUCGUGUUUGGCUCGACGUCUAUUGAACAGGUUUUAGGGCCUGUCGUACGAACAAAACGACUGAUUAUUUAUGGAUUGUUACUCAGAAUAUUGUGACACUUGACACGGUAAUGUGUAGUGGUGUGAUAGAUGUUCUCUGUACAGUUUUUACAGGUGCCUACAAACGCAUCAUCUCAAUCUCCGUGGUUUGGUCUCACUAUCAAAUCGACUUGACUAGGCAUUUUACUAACAUCCAAUUAUUUAACUUAUUUAGAAUAUUAGGCAGUGGAGUGUCUCGAGUGCCGUUGAACGUCCACCGAGCAGCAGAAUGGCAACAUCUUCGUCCGUCACGAGCGUCGGCGGCAUGCUGAUCGUCACGCAGGUCAUCCCGCAAGAUGUCGGAGACACAAAAUCCAUGCCGCUACGCCCCGCGGAUGCGGCUCCGCCCACCGAUGAGCAGGCCACGCCCCCCGCGCUUCCCACCAAGAAGGACGCUGGCUUCGCCGAUUACCAGCGAGGGGAGAUCCCCGGCCUUGGGGUCGUCCAGCUGGUCAUCGGGUCGCUGUGCGUUCUCUUCAGCCUGACGGCCAUCUCACGGUUCCUGCUUGCGCACGUGGCGUUUUGCCUCUGCGUCUGGUUUCUGGUGUCUGGUUGGCUGUCAUUGGCGGCUCACAGGAAGCCCUCCAUUAGGCUGAUCUGGGCGUGUCUGUGGUCCAACGUCAUCAGCGUCCUGCUGAGCCUGGCAGGCUUUGCCUACCUGAGCUGGCUGCUAGCAACCAGUUGGUCGUCUAGGCACGUCUGCGGCGAGCAGUUAUUCGACGAUCCCUCAGCAUGGGGACACUGUGUCGGAAAUCUGAGAUUAUUGAAUCGUGUGCUUCAGGGCCUGCGCGGCCUCAUCAUGGCUCUGCUGUUCAUGGAGGCCGGCGUCUGUCUGAUGAUUUGCGUCCGCGUCACCAAAGAAAUCAGGACGCGCUUCCACUACGCGCCCAUCAUGGUGGGGAACGGAGGAAGCUGCUCUGGCGGGAAUGAAGAGGCCUAGCUCGAUUCAACGCAACCUUGUGACAGCGUCAUAAUUUCAAUCAAUCAAUCAAUUGGGUCAUAAUUUUUUUUUAAUUUGAUAUACAACACAAUGAGAGGAGUAACAGAAGAGCAUCAUAACAUUUUUUCCCCACGAUAUAAUAGGGUAGUAGUGACAUUAUAGCCUUUGUGUGUGUGGGGGUGGGGGGGGUUGUACUGUGAUUUUUUUUUUUUAUAUUGUGGCUCAUUAGCGAGCUAAAUUAAGAAUGCGUUAUCAUUUUAUCCCCCAUGAGCCUUUGCUUGAAAUCGAUGCACAACUCUGAGAUGUACCAGUGCCUACACAAAAAGAAAGUUGGUUGCAUUUUCUUUGACAAAUUAUUUAGCCUCAAGUAGACAUACGAGCAAGCCAAAUUGAACACUGCCGACAUGUUCACCACAUGAGUUAGGACGCUUCAUGCAAACUAGCUUCACGUCACUCACCGGAAGUCGUGCAACUCGCACGGAUAAUUCGUUUCUUGACUUCACAUCUUGCUUGCGUUUGGUUAGUUAGCGUGUAGUGUUAACUGCAUGGGGGGAAAUUGCACCUUCCUGCAUUUGAUAUCAACCAAAAUCAAUAAAGUGGCAACAAAUGUC